AUGUCUGAGGAAUUUGAACGGUUUAAUUUACCUGAAUUUUACGGCUGCUAUCUUCUACGAUCGAUACCUAAAAGGCUCUCAUACUAUAUUGGCUCUACGCCAAGCCCAGUAAGAAGGCUGCGACAGCAUAAUGGUCUGCUAACUAAAGGCGGUGCUUAUAGAACUAGGAGGGAAGGUACUAGACCCUGGGAAAUGGUUAUACUAGUAUACAGUUUUCCUAGCAAAAUCGCUGCACUUCAAUUUGAACAUGCCUGGCAACAUCCGCAUCAGACGCGGUUCAUCUCAUCAGAUAAGAGAGUUGUAAAGAAUAAGAAAGGGGGGAGAAGCAUACAUCAAAAGUUAGCUGUAUUGAAGUUGCUCUUGAGCCAUCGAUUUUUUAAGGUGAUGAACUUGAAGGUUCAAAUAUUUAGCCAAGAGAUUCGCGAGCUUUGGGUUCAGGAUAGGUACAAGGUAGAUGAUCCAACUAUAAACUGUAUUUUAGAUGAGGGGGCUUUGUCCCAACCUGAUAGUACGGAAGACCAAAGCAUCAUCAAUCAUGCUGUGAGUAAUUUGAAGCUAGUUGAGGGAUUUGCUGAAGAUGUUAAGAAAAAAGAUGAAGCAUUAUUUGCAAAUUAUAAGCAAAGACUUAGUUAUGGUGAAAUAACGUGUAGUCUAUGCGGUACGAAAGUCAAUUACAUUGAAGGAGUUAAUUUAAGGCUUCUUGCAUUCUGCUUUAAUGAUUUAUGUGAGUUUGCGUCAUGUUUAGAUUGCUUAUACAAAUGCAUUAUAGAAGAAAUAUCUCUAACUGAUGACAAACCGUUGAUACCCACCAGGACACAGUGUCCAUCCUGUAACAUCGAGCUUGAAUGGUCUACAGUGGUCAGGCAUUCUAUAAAGUCAGCGCAAGUUGGCAAAAACUGCGAAGACGGUAUAGUAGACUAA